AUGGCUAAAAUUAGUUUCUAUUACAUGACAAAUAUAUGUAAAAAUAAUGAAUUUACUUAUUUUGAAACUUUGAUGACUGAAUCCAAAUUAUGUAAAAUGGUAAAUCUCACAUCAAUAAAUAGUUUUAUUGAUGAUAAAAUGAAAAAUGAGAAAAAAAGAGAGAAUGUAUCUUUUGAAGUUCAGAUUGAUAAUUUGGAUUAUAAUAUUGAGAACAGUGAUAAUAUGGAUUUUAAUCCUGAAAACCUUGUUGACACUCUUUUAGAUCUUAAGUUCAAUAUUUAG